AUGGCUAGUAAGGGAAAGAAGAAGGAAGUGAAGAAAGAGACUGGUCUUGGUCUCUCUGUCAAGAAAGAUGACAACUUUGGAGAGUGGUAUUCUGAGGUUGUCGUUAAUGGUGAAAUGAUUGAGUACUAUGACAUAUCUGGUUGUUACAUUUUGCGGCCAUGGGCGAUGUCCAUUUGGGAGAUCAUGCAAACCUUCUUUGAUGCUGAAAUUAAGAAAAUGAAAAUAAAAAACUGCUACUUCCCCCUUUUUGUGUCCCCUGGUGUUCUGCAAAAAGAGAAGGAUCAUAUUGAGGGGUUUGCUCCUGAGGUUGCAUGGGUUACAAAGUCAGGAGAAUCUGAGCUGGAAGUGCCCAUUGCCAUUCGACCAACUAGUGAAACUGUUAUGUAUCCUUAUUUUUCCAAGUGGAUCAGGGGACACCGUGAUUUGCCUCUGAGACUUAACCAAUGGUGCAAUGUUGUUCGAUGGGAGUUUAGCAAUCCUACUCCAUUUAUCAGGAGUAGAGAAUUUCUUUGGCAGGAAGGGCAUACUGCUUUUGCAACAAAGGAGGAGGCGGAUACCGAGGUCCUUGAGAUUCUGGAAUUGUAUAGAUGUAUUUAUGAAGAAUUCUUGGCUGUUCCCGUUAUUAAGGGCAAGAAAAGUGAGCAUGAGAAGUUUGCUGGUGGACUUUACACCACCACUGUUGAGGCUUUUAUCCCGAACACCGGGCGUGCUAUACAAGGUGCAACUUCACACUGUUUGGGUCAAAAUUUUGCAAAAAUGUUUGAGAUAAAUUUCGAAAAUGAUAAAGGAGAAAAGGCUAUGGUCUGGCAGAAUUCCUGGGCUUAUACUACCAGAACAAUAGGGGUAAUGAUUAUGGUUCAUGGGGAUGAUAAAGGCUUGGUGCUGCCUCCUAAAAUAGCUUCUGUCCAACAAUCUGGUGUGGCGAUAGUGGCAGUGGUGUUGUGGUGGGUUCAGAUGGUGUGUGGUGAUGUUGUAGUUGCUAUGAUGGUGACGUUGGCAGUUUGGUGUGGUGGCGGUGAUGUUGGUGGUGAUAGUGGCGAUGGUCACGGGUGGGGUGGGGAGGUGGAGAAGGAUGUAAAAGCACGGACAAAGGGAGAAAUGGGUGCAGCCAAGUCCCUGUGUUCUCCAUUUGACCAGCCAGAACUCCCAGAAGGUACGUUGUGCUUUGCCUCAGGAAAACCUGCUAAAAAGUGGACCUACUGGGGCCGGAGUUAUUGA